UCUGAGAGAUACUGCAGCUAUUUCCAUAAACUCAGAAGAGGAAUGAACUGUGAGAGGACAGCAGCCUCUUCCGUCUCUGAUCUACAAUGAGUACCAAAGCUGCUAUCAACAAAGAAAUUUUUGCCCCACAUGAUGAAAGGAUGCUGGGAGCUGUCCAAGUGAAAAGGAGAACGAAGAAAAAGAUCCCUUUCCUAGCAACUGGGGGUCAGGGUGAAUAUUUAACCUACAUCUGCUUGUCAGUGACGAACAAGAAACCCUCCCAGGCGUCUAUUACAAAAGUCAAACAGUUUGAAGGUUCCACGUCAUUUGUCAGGAGAUCACAGUGGAUGCUUGAGCAGCUUCGCCAGGUUAAUGGUAUAGACUCUAAUCGGGAUUCUCCAGAAUUUGAUUUACUAUUUGAAAAUGCUUUUGACCAAUGGGUAGCAAGCACGGCUUCCGAAAAAUCCACAUUCUUUCAGAUUCUUCAUCACACUUGUCAGCGCUACGUUACAGACAAGAAGCCAGAAUUUAUCAACUGCCAGUCUAAAAUUAUGGGAGGAAACAGCAUACUCCAUUCAGCAGCAGACAGUGUGACCAGUGCAGUACAGAAGGCAAGUCAGGCUUUGAAUGAGCGUGGCGAAAGGUUAGGUCGGGCAGAAGAAAAGACAGAGGAUAUGAAAAACAGUGCCCAGCAGUUUGCAGAAACUGCACACAAGCUUGCCAUGAAGCACAAAUGUUGA